GUGUAACCUGCAUCUUUCAAUUCUCUCUCUUCUCGUGGGUUUCUCCUUCUCUACCCUCGUGCCUUGCUUCCUCUUCCUUCUUCCUUUCUCCAAUUUUCAUUUUCCGUUACGAACCAAGCAACAAAACGCUCUUUUCUUUUCAUUCGGUGGCGACAUCCCUCCUUGUCUCUGCUUUUGUUUCCUUCCACUCGCAGUUUUUUCCGAAUGUGUGUUUCUCCCCCACAACUUUCCUUUCUCGUCCAGUUUUGUCUCCCCUUUCCCAGCUUAGCCUCAUAAGUAAAUCCCACUUCCUGUUUCUAUCUUUGUCUCUGUUUUUAUUUUAGCUUUGGUCGGCGAAGCCCAAAUCUGAAAGAUCUGAGAGCACCUUCAUGAGAUGGAAAUGGACAAACAGUUGCAUUUCGGUUAUUAAAGGAGGUUUGUGGUGUUGGAUUAAGGGGUUGAAAACUUGAGAUAAUUGGUUGGUGGGUGGUAGUUUUAAUUUGUUCAGGAGAUGAAGGUUGACGCGGGGUCAGGGCGCGUGGCGUGGAACGAGGAGGAGAAGGCCGUUGUUGGGGCUGUUCUGGGUGGUCGAGCUCUGGAGUUCUUAACGACAAACUCGGUGUCGAAUGAGAGUGUUUUAAUGGCGGUUGGGAGCGACGAAGGACUUCAGAACAAGCUCUCGGAUCUGGUGGAGCGUCCCAACGACUCAAAUUUCAGUUGGAACUACGCGAUUUUCUGGCAGCUCUCGCAGUCGAAAUCCGGUGACUGGGUUCUGGGUUGGGGAGACGGGUGCUGCAGGGAGCCCAACGAGGAAGAGGAGGGUGCGGUGAGAGGAAAGCUGAGGCUUCUUCGCGUGGACGAGGAGAUGGAGCAGAGGAUGAGGAAGGGGGUGCUGCAGAAGCUGCACACUACUUUUGGAGGAUCGGAUGAGGACAAUUACGCCUUUGGCCUCGACCACGUGACCGACACGGAGAUGUUCUUCCUUGCUUCCAUGUACUUCUCUUUCCCUCGCGGGCAUGGUGGCCCAGGUAAGUGCUUCGUUUCCGGGAAGCAUUUGUGGCUGAAAUCUGUGCCCGAUUAUUGCGUGCGGUCUUCCUUGGUUAAAUCUGCCGGAAUUCAGACCAUCGUUAUGAUCCCUACUGAUUUGGGAGUGGUGGAGCUGGGUUCCGUGAGAGUGUUAGCGGAGAGUUUUGAACUCGUGCAGGCCGUUAAAUCUGUGUUCUCCACGCAGUGUUCGCCGUACCCUGGGGUGAACGUGAGCGCCAGUGGGAAUGCGGUUUAUACAGGUUUGGCCAUUGGGGAUGGUAGUAAGGUAGAUGGCGGAGUUCCAAUUCCUAAGGUUUUUGCAAACGCAACUGGCAAUCGGACCCAUUUCAGAGAGAAACUUGCUGUUAGAAAAAUGGAGGAUAACAGGCCUUGGGCAGGCCAUGCCCUCCCCAAUGGGAAUAACCUUAACAACAAUCCGAAUGCAAUGAAUGGUCUUCAUGUUCCGGGUUGGGCAGUGAAUUCAGGUGUCAGACAGGCUGGUCCUGUUGAGAUUUUUGCUUCUAGGGGGGCAUCCACGAGCAGUGUUGUAGCGGAGUUACCUAACGGUGCUAGACAGGAUUUUAGGCUUGGCAACGGCUAUCAACCUCAAAGGCAGGUGCAAAUGCAAAUUGACUUUACCGGAGCCACUUCUAGGCCCUCACAUGUGAGACCUGUUGUUGGUGAUUCAGAGCUUUCUGAUGUUGAGGCCUCUUGCAAGGAGGAGCAAGCCAGUGUUUUGGAUGAAAGGAAGCCCAGGAAGCGGGGUAGGAAGCCUGCUAAUGGAAGGGAAGAACCCCUGAAUCAUGUGGAAGCCGAGAGACAGAGACGUGAAAAGCUCAACCAACGGUUCUAUGCAUUGAGAUCUGUAGUCCCUAAUAUCUCCAAGAUGGACAAAGCUUCGUUGUUGGGCGAUGCCAUUGCCUACAUCAACGAGCUUCAGGCGAAGGUCAAAAUCAUGGAGGCUGAAAGAGAGAGAUUUGGAAGCACCUCGAAAGAUGGAUCAGUUUUGGAAGCUAACUCAAGAUCUGAAAAUAAAAAUCAAGAGAAAGAAGCUCCUGAUGUGGAUAUUCAAGCAGCUCAAGAUGAGGUAACUGUAAAGGUGAGUUGCCCUUUUGAUACUCACCCUGUUUCCAAAGUAAUUCAAACACUCAGAGAGGCACAAAUCAGUGUUGUAGAAUCAAAACUUGCUGCUGCAAAUGAUACUGUUUUCCACACAUUUGUAAUUAAGUCCCAAGGAUCCGAACAACUUACAAAGGACAAGUUGAUUGCUGUUUUUUCCCCACCAGAAUCCAACCCAUUGCAGCCAUUGUCAUCAGUUGAAUAACAAAUGAACUGCAGUUUAGCAUAGGCUAUAGGGAUUCAUACAUAGAGAACAACCAAUUUCUAAAGCUCUCAGAAAUUUUUGUUACACCCGUAUCUAAAAGUAAAAGUGGUGGGAACUAGAGUAGUAGAGUAAUAGCUCCCCAUUAACCAUGUAGGCAGCCAUUUUAUGUUUUGUCUAUAGUGUAUACACAUCAGAAAUAUUGUUCCUGCUAUGUCAAUUAUUUUAUUUAGUUUAACCAAUCUAGUUGUUAUGG